AAAACCCUAAACUUGCGCAAGAGCCCUCUCUCCAUGAAUAACUCUCUCUUCUCGCUUUGAGGACGCGUUGUACGACCUCUACUAGUGCCGCAGUGACCUUGCCAUGUCGGACUGCGCCACCUGCGUCGCGCGCCGACGACAUCUGCCGCCAGACCUGCGGCGGUGCCGUGUAGCUCGACGGCUGCUUCAUCAAGUACGACCAUGCCACCUUCAUCGGCGUCGAGGACAAGGCAGUGGUGCUCAAGAAGUGCGGGCCCUCCAUCGGCUACAACCUCGACGCCAUGGCCAGCUGCGACGCUGUGCUCGCUGACCUCUCCGGCAGUGGCGGGAUCUUUAGGGUGGGCAACUCCGGUGACGUGCGAGGCGUGAUAUCGUUGGUUAACAAAGGUUAUUCAGAUAAGUAUGUGGCACAUGUGGAGCCUCAAUGUAGAGCUAUUGACAGGGAAUUUGACAAGCUUUCUAUUGGACAUGACAAUGGUUUCUUGUGGGAUGUGGUCAAUCCGGAAUCCAGUAAACUGCAAGCAGAAGAUGGAGUGCCUGGAGAAAAUGCUUUUGAGGCCCUCCAAUCAUGUGUUGGAUAUGAAUCGUAUCUGGGAUUCAAUACAAACGUGAAGCCAAGGAUAGAUGUUGAUAUCAAAGAGUGGCAAGAAAAGAAACAAAAGAAGCAUUCGUCUCUGUUUUGUGCAGCUUUUAUUUAGUUCCAUGCAUUCUGUUGGUAGUGUUUUAUUGGAAAUUAGAAGUACUAUUUAAUUUAUCUUUCCUUGAAUAAGAUGUUUAUACAUAUUUGGAUUGAA